GCGACGUCAACCUCUUCAUGAUCGAGCGUUGAGCGGGCAUCGUCUGUCCAUGUUGAUAUGGUCACAGGUUUGGAGGAUUGCGUGAGCUGCGGUCAUCUCGUAGGCCACGCCUUCAGCUCCUACUCUGUCUGCCGACAUCCCCAGCGCUACUCCUAUCUCCUCGCCUAUGAGAGAUGCCGGGCAUUCAGUCGACGGCCCCUUGGUGUGCUGUAACCACCCCGCAGGGAUUCCAGGGUUGAAUAGGGCUUCCCGAUGCGUUAACGGGCAUGCUACGAACCG